AUGACAACAGACGAGGCAGAGAGUCACCAGAAGAAGCCAAGGCAGCAGGAGGAAGGCGGCCAGGACGCCAGGCCGCCCUCACCGGAGGAGGAGCAGCUCCGGCCUCGCAACCGCAACUCUGCCGGCCGCGGCCUCUCCCGCCUCUUCUCCUCCCUCCUGAAGAGACGCUCGCAGUGUGAGAGCGAGGGGGGAGAGAAGGAGGACAAGGAGGAGGAGGAAGAAGAAGAAGAAGAAGCUAAAGCCCCCAUCGCCGACCCCGAACCUGAACUGAGGACGGAGGGAGAGGUCGCCCUGGAUCAGCACUCAGUAAGCAGUGCUGAGGCUCAGGCUGUCCAGGUGGAGAAGAAAGAAGCUGAGGAGGAGGAGGGUGGAAAGGACAAAGAAGACGACAAGGAGAAAGGAGAGACGGCUGCCCUGGAGAAGGAGGAGGACCAAGAGAAGGAGAAGGAGUCCGGUCCUGAAGGAGGCGGCAAGGGAGAGGACGAGGAGAAGACAACAGAGGAGGAGGAGGCCAAAGCUCCUAGAGCCCCCCGCCGACCCAAGACCAUGCAGAUCAAAGUCACCCUGCUGGAUGACACUCUGUACGAGUGUGAGCUGGAUAAACAUGCUACGGGUCAUGAGCUGUUCAUGAAGGUGUGUGACCACCUCAACCUCCUGGAGAAGGACUACUACGGCCUGGCCAUCUGGCAGACGCCUACCGUGAAGACUUGGAUGGACCUGACCAAGGAGAUCCGUAGGCAGGUGCAAGGUGCCGACUUCAAUUUCACCUUCAAUGUGAAAUUCUACCCACCGGACCCAGCCCAGCUGUCCGAGGACAUAACAAGGUACUACCUGUGUCUCCAGCUGCGGAAGGACAUCCUGCAGGGCCGCCUUCCCUGUUCCUUCGUCACCCUGGCCCUGCUGGGCUCCUACGCCCUGCAGUCGGAGCUGGGCGAGUACGACCCCGAGGUGCACAGCAGCGGUUAUGCCAAGGACAUGAAAAUGGCCCAGGGUCAGACCAAGGAGCUGGAGGACAAAAUGAUGGAGCUGCACCAUACGUACAGGUCAAUGAGUCCGGCCCAGGCGGACCUGAUGUUCCUGGAGAACGCCAAGAAACUCUCUAUGUACGGAGUGGACCUCCACCCUGCCAAGGAUCUGGACGGUGUCGACAUCAUGCUGGGGGUUUGCUCCAGCGGUCUGAUGGUCUACAAAGACAAGCUGAGGAUCAACCGUUUCCCCUGGCCCAAGGUCCUCAAGGUCUCGUACAAACGCAGCAGCUUCUUCAUCAAAAUAAGACCAUCGGAGGUGGAACAGUACGAGAGCGCCAUCGGCUUCAAACUACCCAAUUACAAGGCAGCCAAGAAGCUGUGGAAAGUGUGUGUAGAACAUCACACCUUCUUCAGGCUGACCUCCACCGAGAUGGCCACCACUCCCAGGAAGUUCCUGGCACUGGGCUCCAAGUUUCGCUACAGUGGUCGGACUCAGGCUCAGACCAGACAGGCGAGCUCUCUGAUCGACAGACCGGCUCCCCUGUUCCAGCGGUCCUCCAGCAAGAGGAACUCUCGCAGCCUGGACGGAGCCAUGGUGUCCACUCCCGACAACAAAUCCACUCGUCCGGUCAGCGCCCCUGUCAUGUCACCGGUGUCUCCGGGGGAGGCGUCCCCAUCGCCACUGCUACCCACCCUGCCUCGCUCUGACCACCACGAUGGCCGCACGCCAAAAGGUCGCCGCUCUGCGGACAGGAAGGCGGAGGUAAAGAGGGAAAGUCACCCAGCAGAGCACACCAAGAGCCACAGCCCCAGACCGGAGUCCACUCCAGAAAUCAAGACAGUGGCCAGGAGAGAGCGGAGGCACUCCCCCUCUGUGACCGCGGCCAAUGGGGAAAGAGAGAAAAAGAGCCAGCACUCUCCUCAGGACAAAACAAAGACGGAGAUGGUGCGAGUGAGGAAGAAAAGAGCUAAGAAACUUGAGGGUGAAACUAUUUAUAUCAGACAUAGCAAUUUAAUGCUGGAGCUCAACCCUAAAGGCUUGGCAUGCACCAUUUUCCUCUCUGACUCUCAUGACCUGGAUAAGACUCAGACUGAGAUUAUGCGUCACCACACUAGCAUCAGUGAGUUGAAGAGAAGCUUCAUGGAGUCGGUGCCAGAGCCUCGGCCCAGCGAGUGGGACAAGCGUCUUUCCACCAACUCGCCUUUCCGCACGGCGAGCAUCAACGGCCAGCUCCAACCAGCGUCUCCUGUGAUGAAGACCCAGACAAUCACCAUCUCAGACGUCACCAACUCCCUGAGAGGAACUGUGGCCUACAAGGACAUCCCCCUGGUUCACACGGAGACCAAGACCAUUACGUACGAGUCAGCACAGGUGUCUCUCCCACAGCCGGCGGACAGCCUGGCAGAGAGGGACUCAGGAGUGCUGCUGAGUGCCCAGACCAUCACCUCCGAGACCAUCAGCACCACAACCACCACCCAGAUCACCAAGACGGUGAAAGGAGGAAUCUCUGAGACUCGCAUUGAGAAGAGAAUCGUCAUCACUGGAGACACCGAAAUCGAUCAUGACAAGGCUUUGGCUCAGGCCAUCAAAGAGGCAAAAGAGCAGCACCCAGAUAUGUCUGUUACCAAAGUGGUGGUGCACCAGGAAACAGAGAUCUCCCCAGAGUAAGACAAGACUGAUCCUUUGGACGUCCUCCAACACCUGAACAGUACCGUAAACCUCUCAGCUGCCCCCACUUCUCCCUCCUUACUCGUGUCUCCAUCACACCUUUUUACCUCACCCCAAAAGCACUGCCUUUUCGACGUGAUCCGCCACACCACAUCAGAGGGAACGAGCGUCAACGCUGAACUAAGAACUUUAACCUCCAUGAGCGAUGGAGUUCGGCCUGAAGAAAAUUCCCAAGAACCCUCCCCAGUAUUCCCCACAAUUCCCCUCUUGCUCCAUUUACUGCCAAAAAGCUCAACCGCUGGACUGAUGAAAAAAAAAAAAAGAAAACACAGACACAAAAAAAAAUCUGUUUUAAAGAAAAAGAAAAUAAAGUACAGCAUUUGUGGAUUAUUCCUCUCCAAUUUGUCUGGAGAUUUUAAGAAAAAUUUUCAAGGGCAUUUGGUCUUUUAAUCUUGAGAUUACUGGUACUUUAUUUUUCUACCGUUUUUUCUUACCAUCAGAAUUGGUUAUCAAUAACUUGGAAGUCAAGUCAUUUUUUAAACUACGUGUUCCAAAAAAAAAAAAAAAAGCAUUAACAAAGGGAUUUGUGGGUGAUUUUUUUCUUGGGGGUUGUACGCGCCGGGAGUCGAGGAUCCCUCUCAAAAUUUUAAGCACGAGUUUGGUGUCAUU